AUGGGAAUAAUGCUUGACAAAAGGACACUCGGGAUAAUAAGGCUAGCUACCAUCUCCAGGGUCUUCUACAUGGGCAUUUCAUAUGUUGCAUCCCUUCUUCUUCCUCGGUUCGACAAGUCCACAGAACUUGUCCCGAGCAGCUCAUGCAUGAAGUUUCUUCUUUCGUGGGAUGCCAUCCACUUUCUUGAGAUCAUGGAGAGGGGAUACAAAAGGGCCCAUGCAGCUGCGUUCUUUCCCCUUCUUCCGUAUGUGUCUCGUUGCAUCAACAAGCUACUGCCCACGGAGCCCCACACAACAGGUGUCCUUGUCUCAUGCACUGCAUCAGUCUUGAGCUCUGCGCUGCUCUAUAUAAUCUCCCGGAGAAGGUAUGGAGACAAGAUGGCAAGAAUGGGCUGUGUCCUGUUUAUAUUCAACCCUGCGUCGAUAGUGUAUACGGCCAUGUAUUCAGAGUCCCUGUUUAUGCUCCUUUUUCUCCUGGGAAUCUAUUUCAUUGAAAACAACGACACCAUCCGUGGCACACUAUUUUUAUCUUUGUGCGGCCUGUGCAGAUCCAACAGCAUUCUGUUUGCACCAUUUGUUAUGUAUCCGUUCAACAGAUAUGUCUUCAUAAGAAUAGCCGUGGUUCUGCUACCGCUUGCUGCAUUCCAGUACUACUCUCUCCUCAUGAUCAACAGAGCCAGGAAUGCCCAUGAGAUCUUUAUACCGUACUCCCACAUACAGAAGACCUUCUGGGAGCAGGGCCUGUUCAGGUUCUUCACGUUCAAGAACAUCCCAAAUGUCUUCGUUGGGCUUCCAUUUAUCCUGAUCUCCCUGUAUGUCCUCUGGGAGUAUUGGACCAAGAGACACAGAGGCCACAAAAAGGCACCCCUAAACACCCAGAGAUUCAGUACAGACAUGUGUGCGGUUAUACUUCUGAUCCAGACACUCAUCACGAUAUUUUUGAUUCACUGGAACAUGCAUUUCAGGUUCGUCUCAUUCAACCCUCUGAUAUACUGGACCCUGGCUGAAAAGUACUAUACAAUCAAGAGUGGCCUCUGGAAAAGAGUUCUGUUCAGAUUCUUCUUUGGAUUUGGAAUAGCAUACGCGGUGCUUUUUGGGUGUUUCUAUCCGCCGUGCUGA